AUGACUUUCAUGAGAAGUCAAAUGAGUAAAGAUUUCAGGUUUCAACCGGUGUAUUCGGCACCUCAGACGAGGCUACUGGUAGCUAGACUAGUCAGCUACUGGAGAUAUUCUUUUGCUAGCUACGACACUGAUGCUCUAGUGUUGAGAAACCCUCAGCCACUGUAUGAGAGGUAUAGAGACGUGAAUGUGAUUGCCGGUGCGUCGGUACACUGGCCCCAGUGGGCCGGUGAGCUCUGGGGAUUCUCCAUGUGUCUUGGAGCCUUCAUGAUCAGAAGUAGUCCUGAAACAGAGCAGCUAUGGAAGGCGGUCAGCAAAACGUGGGGUAACUGGGGUAGUGAACAGGACCAGUUCAACCGAGCUCUUGUCGGCAGCAACAUUGCCUGGAAUCACACUCGCUCUAACAUGACAAAAUCUCAGUUCUGCCAACAUCCUUAUGCCUGGGAGGGAUUUACUCAAAAGGAGCCGAGAUCGCACAUCUUACUGUUGCCUCCACGGCAGUUCUGUCGCGGUGAGUGCUGUGACAAGACCGAGUAUCCUCUCUCUCACUCUCCGUUCAUCUUCCACGGGGGAGGCGGCAAUAUCGGAAUGUUCGCGGGCAAGAAACUCCACAUGAAAGAGUCGGGGGUGUGGUUUCUGCGGGAGGAUUGGGCACAGGUGUCGCAGUUUAGCGAAAAGACAGAGAGACACUGGUUAAAACAACUUUCAACUCUGUGAUAGUCACAAUAUCAUCUCGUGCUGAUCAUUCUUAUUCCUCUGUGAAUCAUCGUAACUUCAUUAAUUGUCA